AUGGCUUUGGCCGCUUUGAAUGAUCUCUAUCGUGUACUAGCGACAAAACCCGAUCAGGAGAAGAUCACUCCUCAAGAGUCUAACGUCAUUGUCUCGUGCCAUCUCAAAGUUUUGUGGACUGCUGGGUUCGCGUCUGGUGUAGGAGCAGGUUUAGGCUGGCAAGUGGCGAAAAGAUUGAAGAAGCUGAAGCUUUCUCUUACAGCUGGAGCGGCUAUCGCGGCUUUCUCUGUUGGUUGGGAUUGGGGUUGCUCUACAACUGCUGUUUCAUGCCUUGAUCAUAUCCUUAGGCAAGAUGCAACACGAAUGCAGAGAGAGCUAGUGAAUGUCUUAGUCAGGUCUAAUAGAGGUGAAGCUUGGAGGUGGCAACUUAUGUCCAAGCAUUUCUACCCUGAAGCUGUUUACAGUGAUGAAGGAGACAAACCUCAAAUGCGCUGGCGCAGACGAAGCACUUUCACUGAGAUUGCCCCUUCUUAUGAUUAUGUGAAUGAAGCCAAACCUCAGGCAACCUACAAUGGCUUACCAAACCCUCAUAGUCGAAGCACUUCACAUGGAUCUGAUACUUCAAAGGCUAAACCAAUGCCCCAAAACAGCUCUGGAAAUUCGGAUGGCGAAAUGGUGGAAGAAGAAGAUGCUCUUGACAGUAUAUUUGGUGGUUCAGAACCAACAGAGAGCAUUCCUGCACCAGUUAGUUUGAAAGCUUCAGCCAAAACGCAAACUCGCAAACAGAAGAGAGCUCUACGAAAACAAAGAAGGCUUAAAAAACGUGAAGCUUCCUCGAAUUCUCCUCAGUACGAACUUGCGUAG